CCACUGUAGCGUUGCUCUAUGGCAGCCGCCAAGGUGGCAAAACGAGUGCAAAACGCCGCAGCGAACCUUGGCAGUGGCGUCGCCUUUUGUAGCAAUUCCAAGUCCAUGAAUCAGCGGCGGCUUCCUGCAAUGAGAAACUCCAUGCCUUAAACCACUGGCGGUGGGACCCUGGGCUUGCGCGCCUACUUUGAAGAGUUAACACUGAGUUGUCUAAUAGUCGGAUAAGCCUGAAAAAUGCCGGACUACUCUCGCGUCUCUGUGCUUAAAGAGAUUGACAGAAAUGAAGCACUGGUACAAGACUACCUUUAUCAGUUGGAUCAGAUAGAGUCGAAGCUGAGGCGGUUCACGCUGUCGGACUCUGAAAGGAAGAAGCUUGAAGAUGAGGUCACGUCCCUGAAGUCGCAGCUAGACACGUUAGAGAAAGAGCUCACUGGCCUGCGGAAAGAAAACCGUAAAAGUAUGGCAAUAGCCGCUUGCUUGUUUAUACUGUUCCUCAUUAUUUACUAUUUUCUAAUUGUAAAAACAAUCACUGGAUAGUGCUUCAAAUGCAGUGUAUUUACUGUACAUUCCAGUCUUCCAAAUUUUACAUCUGUAAACUGUACUUCUGAGCAGAAUUAAACAAGUGCACCAUUUGUUACACCUAA